AUGUUGAUAAUACAAGACAUAUUCUUAAUAGUGGAUUUAGCUAACCAAAGAAUAUUUGCUAAUUUGACUGAUAUAUAGGGCAGUUUUAUUGUUGUACAAGAUAAUUUUUUAGUCAUUCUCAACUAUCAGGAUUAGUCUCUUUAUUAGUUUGAUUUAGUAUCAGCUAGUUUAAAUUAGAUUUUUAGCCUUUCUCCUACUUAAAAUUAUGUAGAAUUUAUGUGUAUUGAUAGUGAUAAAAGACUACCUGCAAUUUUUGAUGGAGAUCUUAUUUAUUUACAAACAUUAGAUUUUUAAUUUUAGCCAUUUUCAAUAAGCUAGAGAAUACUUAAAUACUAGUCAGUUAAACUAGAUGAUACACAAUACUACAAGAAAUCAGAAAAUGUCAUAGAUAGUUAAAAUAUGAUAAUAAUUAAAACAUAACAAGAAGAUAACAUAUAUAUUGGGUAAACUAAAUAUGGUGAUUCUUAAAUUCACUUUUUCUAAACAUAAAAUGACUUUUAUUGGCAUAAAAAUUUAUUUAAUAGUCCUUACCGUAUUUUAUAUUUAAAGCCUUAGAUUUAGAUUUUUCUUGCAAAAUAAUUUGAUAAUGAUUAAAACUGGAUUGCAAUUUAUGAUAAGAGCUCUAAUUAAAUUACUAUUUACAAUUAAACAGAUGUUUUUAAAGUUAUCAGUAUGAAUUUCUUGCUUUAGUCAGACAUUAAGUAUGCUAGUAGUAAAAUAUUAUAGUUGCAUUAACCAGCUAAAAUAUCAUCUACUCCAUAAAUAUGGUAGAUUUUAGUUAAAUAUAAAUAAACAUAAGUUCAUUAUAAUGUAUGUCUUACUUAGAUAUGA